AUGUCGAACCGCUUCAGCCGCCAAGACGCCCGCGACGACCUCUUCUCCUCCUACAACCGCAGCGCUUCACCCUCAAAAUCCAAAAACAAAGCCCGCGCCUCGCCCUACAGCGGCGGUGGCGGCUACGCCUACACUGCGCCUACAUCGCCAAACGGUAGCCCGGGGUUCGGCGCAUACCCCGGCAGCAGCGCAAGUAAUGGGAAUUUGUACCCUGGUGGUAGCAGCGGUGGAUACGGUCUAGGUGGGAGUCGAGGGAACGACGACGCCAUGUUCCGGAGUGCGACGCCGAAUUCGCGAGGCCAGUAUUCGGCGGCUGUGCUGGAUGAGCUGGAGAGUCAGAACGAUGAGCAUGUUGGUGUGUUGACGAGUAAGGUUAGGAUGUUGAAGGAUUUGACACAUCUCAUCGGCGACGAAAUCCGCGAUUCCACGUCUCUGGCGGAGAAGAUGAACGAUCAGUUUGAAAAUUCGAGGUAUAAGAUCAAGGGAACUAUGACGCGUAUGCUGCGGAUGGCGGAGAAAACGGGGGUGGGCUGGAAGGCUUGGGUUGGGUUUUUUGCGGCUGUUAUACUGCUGUUUUGGUGGGUGUGGUUGGGUUGA